AUGCCUGGUAUAUCUAGUGUUCCUACGAUUGACCUGAGUCGGCUCGACGACCCCGAGUCGAGGAGGCAGGCGCUGGCAACCCUCGAACAAGCUUGUACAGAUUGGGGUGCCUUCUACAUCUCCGGUGCACCCAUUGGUGAGGAUGAACUCCAAAAUGCUACGAGAGAGACCAAGGCAUUUUUUGAACAGCCCACGGAGAAGAAAAUGGAAAUUGCCUUGGAGAAUGUUCCCAGCUUUCUAGGUUACGUCCCGCUAGCCAGCGAGCGCACUGGAGACAAGGUCGAUUAUAGAGAGAGAAUUAUCGUGCGUCCUGAUGACCCACGGCCAUCACGAGAUCCUAUAUAUCGGAAUCUGCAGGGUCAGACCCAAUGGCCCGCUCAAAUGCCGGGUUUCCGUGCUGCCCACGAACAGGUGAUUAAGGGCUUCACGAAAGUUGCAAGUACCGUGCGCGCCCUGCUCGCCGAGUUUCUAGGCAUCGACCCCGCCGUUCUGGAUGGUAUGUUCCGUGAGGAGGCAUGCCAGAACCGGAAUGUUAUCAUUCGCUACCCUGAGGUUCCCAAGGACCAGGGCAAGCAGGAGAGCUUGCAAGGGCUCCACGGCCACAAGGACAUGACUUUUGGAGCGAUAAUAUACCAGGCUACCGACCAUGAAUCGCUCCAGAUCCAGAGCCCAACCGGGCAAUGGGUUACCUGCCCACCGAAGCCGGGGUGUUUACUAUAUGUUAUUGGGGCGAUUGGUGAAUCCAUUACACGCGGUGUUUGUAAAGCGGGCUUUCAUCGUGUCCUCUCCACGGAGCCCGGGAGUGGCCCUCGAUACUCCUUCGUCACAGCCCUUCAUAUGGAUUACGAUAUCUCAUUAGCCCAUCCGAAGAUCAAGAAGACCCUUGAGGCCAUCGGACAGGAUAUCUAUAGGAAACAUGGUGUCAGUAAUCAGAUGCUGGAGGACUUUCUUUACGAAGAGUUCGACACGAUCGGCAUGAGGAUUCUGGCCCGAUACAUGCGAAGCCUACCGCAUGUCACUGCGAGAUUUUAUCCCGAGUACUCCAACCGUGUAUCCGCUGCGUAA